AUAUUUUUAUUAUAACCAUUUAAUGGUUAGUCAAUUUUUAUUAAUACCAUUUAAUGGUUAGUCAUUUAGUGGUUAUAUAUUCCACUUACUCUUACUAAAAUUUCCUGUAGAAAUUUGUCCCGCCUAAAAACAACACUUCUUAGUCCAUUUACUGUAUUCUCCACCCGCCUAAAUUUCCAUGGUCCCGCCCUGUAGAAAUUUAACAUUUUCAUAGUGAGUUCUAUAAAUACUAAAGCUUUUGGUUCUCAUUUUCAUAGCCAAAAUUUUACAUUUCCUGUAUCAUUAUCUUUUGGUUCUCAUAAAAAUGCCUCUUAAUAUUGAUCUAAACACUCCAUAUAUUGAUCAUGAAAUGAUGGAAUGCAACAUAGCACCAUCCAUUAAUCUAAAUGAUCCUUCUUCAAGUAAUUUUAACUUGUCUUUUAAGGACCUACAUGGUAGUUCAUCAAAUGAAGAAUACAUGGAAGAAGCUAAUAUGUUCAAUUGUGAAAAUGAUUUUGAACAUGGUUUUUUUAAUAUUAAUGAGGACAUUGAUGUUGAUGCUUUAUAUUCAAAUGAAGUUCAUGUCAUGGAAGAAGGUAAUAUGCUCUAAUACUUUUAUGUUAGAUAAUUUUUGAACAACUUAAUUAAUUUUUUUCACUUUUAAUACUGUUUUAUAAAAUUGCAGAGAGUGAAUUUAUUCCAAAUGAAGAAGAUGGAGAGGAGACUGAAUUUAAUCAAUAUGAAAGUGAUGGAGAAACUGAAAGUAUUGCAGCUAUGUCCACAAUGGUUCAACAUGAACCUGAAACUUUUAGGAAAAAAAGAUCAUUUUUAAACAAUGAUCAACGGAAAAUAAUUGCUCAAUUAUUGAUAAAGAAUAGUUGUGGUGGAAAACUAAAAUCCGGAACUGUUAUAUGGUUGGCAUCCAAAUACUCGGUAUCCAUCGAUGUUAUUUAUCGAAUUUGGAAGCAAGUAUCUCAAACAGGUGAUGCGUCUCAUAAAAGAACAAAAAAUUGUGGUCGGAAAAGAGUUGCGGUAGAUAUUGAAAAAGUGCGGGAUAUUUCGUUAGCUAAACGUAGCACUCUUCAGAGCCUCGCAUUUGCCUUGGGCAUUAGCAAAACAGCAUUGUUUAAGUUUGUAAAGGAUGGGACUUUGCGUCGGCAUUCAAAUGCUCUAAAGCCACAAAUGAAAGAUAGCAAUAUGAAAGAUCGUCUUAGAUUUUGCUUGUCCAUGCUUGAAGAAACUAGUCUUCCUCAUGAUCCGGAGUUUAAGUCUAUGCAUAAUAUCGUCCACAUAGAUGAAAAAUGGUUCUACAUGACCAAAAAAUCAGCUAACUACUACCUUCUUGAAAAUGAGGAUGAGCCAUAUCGCACAUGCAAAAAUAAAAAUUUUAUUGGAAAAGUCAUGUUUUUAGUAGCAGUCGCUAGGCCUAGAUUUGAUGACGGUGAUAAGGAGAUAUUUUCGGGAAAAAUUGGCGUCUUUCCUCUUGUUCAAAAAGUUGCAGCAAAAAGGUCAAGUAUCAAUAGAGCUUCGGGUACACUUGAAACUAAACCGAUUACUUCUAUCACUAAAGAAGUUAGUCGAAAUUUUCUAAUCAAUAAAGUGUUACCUGCAAUUAAAGAAAAAUGGCCGAGAGAACAUGCAAUGGAAACAAUUUAUAUACAACAAGAUAAUGCUCCGUGUCAUGUUUCUAUUGACGAUGAAGAAUUUCGUAAAGCAGCUUCUGAAGGAGGAUUUGACAUCCGUUUAUCUUGUCAACCACCGAAUUCUCCUGAUUUAAAUGUUUUAGAUCUGGGUUUUUUCAAUGCCAUUCAAUCAUUACAACAAAAGGAAGUUUCAAAAUCAGUUGAUGAACUCAUUGAAGUUGUGCAAAACUCAUAUGAUAAUUUUUCUAGCAAACAAAAAAAAGGAAGAACAAGACUCAUGGAGUUUUGUACAAGAUGA